UAUUAAGCAUCUUUUGUCGAACAAGUGGCCUACUUUUUAUUUGGCAUUUAGCCGCAUAAUAUACUGAGCUGAACAAGUGGUCUUAUUCUAUUUGGACUUUUCAUCAAACAAGAGGCCAUUUUUUUCCAUUGGCAGUGGGCAAAAGUCUUGGUCUUUGUCUUCUUGCUGUAUGAAUGAGAGAGAUGGGGCCAUCGGCUAAAGUUUCUUUCCUCUGCUUCUUGUCCUGCUCUUUGAAUUCAUUCUUCAUUACUCGAUUUGCUGCUUAUACACAUACAUAAUUUACUGAGCUGAAUUUGAUCAUGGCUGAGGUGCUGUUGGGCGCUUUCCUUCAAGUGUUGUUCGACAGAUUGGCCUCUCGUGAGCUGCUCAAUUUUGCCCGGCGGAAGAAGCUCCGUUCUCGGCUCAAGGGGUGGGAGAGGAACCUGCAGGACAUUAACAUCGUACUGGAAGAUGCCGAGUACCGGGCCAUGGUUGGAGAGAGCCGAGUGAUCAACCCUUGGCUGGACGACCUCAAGGACUUGGCUUACGACGUGGAUGACCUGCUAGAUGAGUUCGCCACUGAGGAAGCCCUGCACAGCAGCAGCUUCCUGCUCUCCGAUAUGACCGGUGCUUCAUCAAGCAAGCUGCGCAAUCUUCUGCUCCCUGGAUGUAUCACUCAUAGUCUGAGCCCCAGAAGACUCUUGUUCAACGACAAGAUGAGAUCGAAGGUGGAAGAGAUUGAUGGCAGAUUGAGUGAGAUCAUAAGCCAUAAGGAAACUCUCGGACUGAGGGAAGGCGGCGGAAGGAGGACUUACGUAACUGUCCACGACAGAAGAUUUGACAGCACUUCUUUGGUGGAGCUCUUCACUGUGGGGAGGGACGAUGACAGAGAGGCUAUCCUGAAUUUGGUGAUGGAUGAAAGUGAGGAUCUCUCGGUGAUUCCCAUCGUCGGGAUGGGAGGGUUAGGCAAGACGACUCUCGCUCAGUUGGUCUAUAAUGAUGAGAAGGUGACAGGAUCCUUCCAUGUGAGAGCUUGGGCCUGUGUCUCCGAUGAGUUCGAUAUGCUUGCCGUAACAAAGACGAUCUUGCAGUCGGUGGGUGGAGCUUCUGCUCACGAGGGGAAGGAUUUGAAUGCCCUCCAAGUUGAACUGCAGAGGCACCUCUCGGGAAAGAAAUUCCUGAUUGUUUUGGACGACGUGUGGAAUGAAAACUAUGAGAGGUGGACUCUCCUUCGAAGACCGUUUGAGUCCGGCGGAGCGAAAGGGAGUAAGAUCAUCGUCACAACUCGAAAUCUGUCCGUUGCAUCCAAAAUGAAGAGCAGGACUGGCCCAGCGUACACAUUGGGUAUGCUGUCCCCCGAUGAUUGUGAGGCUUUACUGGCUUACCAUGCACUUGGUGCGUUCAACUUCGAUAAUCACCCUGAUCUGAAGCCUGCGGGCGAGAAGAUUGCUGCGAAAUGUGCAGGCUUGCCUCUAGCAGCAAAGACUGUUGGGGGUGUGCUCAGAUCAAAGUAUGAACUCAAAGACUGGACAGCCAUAGCAGAGAGUAAGAUAUGGGAUCUUCCGGAAGAGACUAAUGGCGUUCCUCAGGCUUUGAAGCUCAGCUACUUCUAUCUUCCCUCGAUCUACAAGCGAUGCUUUGCGUAUUGCGCUGUUUUCCCCAAGGACUACGAAUUCGAUAAGCACGACUUGAUAUCAUUGUGGAUGGCCGAGGGUCUUUUGACACCACAAAAAAAGAGUGCGGGCCAUCAAGAGGGAAGCAUGCGAGAUCUUGGCCUGAAAUAUUUCGAUGAACUAUUGAGUAGAUCACUCUUUCAGCCAUCUAGCCGAAGCAACUCGUUGUUCGUGAUGCAUGAUCUCUUGAACGACCUAGCAGCGUCAAUUGCGGGUGAGUCCUGCUUGAGUUUAGGGGAAGGUCAGUUGCAUAGAGAGAAAAAAAGUCUCGAAAAGGUACGGCACCUGUCACUUAUUCCCCACUAUUACGAGGUAGAAGGCAGGUUUGACGGAUUUCAUUGCCUAAGGGGAUUGCGAACCUUCCUAGCACUAGACAAUGUUCCUUUAGCUAGUCAUAUCGCUGACAAUGUGAUAGAUGAUGUCCUUCAGAACCAGAAGAUUUUAAGGGUCCUUUCUUUAAGCGGUUAUCGAAUUAAAGAAGUACCGAAUUGCAUUGGGAGUUUGAGGCAUUUACGUUAUCUUAAUCUUUCGGGAAGUCCUAUGCAGUACCUUCCUCCUUCCAUGUCUACUCUAUGCAACUUAGAGGCCUUGAUACUGCAAUUCUGUCAGUAUUUGGUGGAAUUGCCGAGUUGGAUCAACAAGCUAAUUAACCUGAGGUGUGUCGAUAUUAGGGGAACCCCAUCAUUAAAGAAGAUGCCAAGAGGGAUUGGCAGUUUGGUUAAGCUGGAGAUACUCCCAAAAUUCAUUGUUGGGGGUGACGAUGGACCAAAGCUUAAAGAAUUGAAAGACCUGCAGCUCCUUCGAGAGGAGCUUACAAUUGAAGGUUUGUGUAAUGUGGGAGAAGUCGGAGAUGCAAGGGAAGCUGCUUUGAAUGCUAAGACAGGGUUGACUUCUUUGAUUUUGUGGUGGGGGCAGGAUGAAGGCCCUGCUAGUGGAAGAGAUGCAGAAAGUCAAAUGCAGAUCCUCGAUUGUCUUCAACCUCAUGCUAGCAUAAAGAACCUCGAGAUUGAUGGUUACGGAGGUACAAAGUUGCCUUCUUGGAUCGGAGGUCCCUCAUUUGUUCAAUUAGAACGCUUGAGGUUGUGUAAUUGCGGAAAGACGAAGAUGCUACCAUCGCUUGGGGUUCUGCCUCAGCUGAAGGAAUUGGAAGUUGAACGCAUGGAUGCGAUAUGUGCCGUGGGACCUGAAUUUUAUGGAAACACAGCGAAGCCUUUUCCAUCUUUAGAGACUCUGCUUUUUAUUAAUAUGUCCGCAUGGGAGCAAUGGUCUCUCUCGACUGGAAAUGAGCAGGAGAACAAUCUAUUUCCACGGCUUUGCAAGCUGACGCUGCGAACAAUUCCGAAGUUGAUCAUUGGAGGGUGGCCCAGUCAAUUUCCAGCACUUGUAGAGCUUGUAAUUGACGAGUGUCCACGGCUAGAGACUCCCGUUGCUACCGUCAAUCUGCCAUCUCUCAAAGAGGGUAACUUCAGUUGUUGUGAUGGAAGGAUGUUGAGAGGUGUAAUUAGCAUAAGCUCAUCGGUCACGCGUCUCACCAUGUUUAAUAUCACAAGGAUUUCUGAGCUUACCAGCUUCUUGCAAGGAGGUUCUCUGAGCUCUAGCUUGAAAUCACUUGAAGAGCUAAGUAUAGAGAGAUGCGAUGAAUUGAUGUGCUUAUGGGAGGAGAAAGACGGAGUUACAGCAGGUAUCGAUCCCAACCAUGUUCUGAAGCGUCUGACAGUAAAUUAUUGUCGUCAGCUCGUGAGGAUCGGGACGUUUCCAUGUAACCAUCUUGAAUAUCUGCGCCUCGAUGAAUGUGACAAUCUAGAAGAGCUACCACAGGGGAUAAUGACGUGCGGUCUCGUGGAACUGCAUAUCGUGAGUUGUCCGAGUCUCACAUCGCUUUCAAGGGCCAAGCUCCCAGGCACUUUGAGAAAAUUAGAGGUGUCAAAUUGCAAGAAUCUGCAGUCGUUGCCGGAGGGGAUUGUAACGGCCCCCAAGUCAUCCAACUGUUGUGAUGAUGACUCCAGCUCCAGGAGGAGCAGCAGCAGCAGCAGCAACGGCAUUGGAGGAAGAGGAAACGGUGCUACUGCAACAAUGUGGUCUCAGCUUCCUCCUCAGCUUCAAGAAGUACGGAUUAUUAGUUGUCCUUCUCUCGUGCCCUUUCCCUUCUCUGAUGAAAAUGUCAAGCAGCUGGUCCCGAGUCUGAAGAAAAUUUAUAUAGCAUAUAGUGAGGUAUUGGGGUCGUCUCUAGAGGGGACUACAGCCGUGGGCCUUGAGGAGAUUCAUAUCGAAAGCUGUAAGAUGUUGAAGAGCUUAACCCCACACCUCCACAGGUCGUUCACCCGUCUCACCCUAUUGAUUGUGGAGGACUGUCCCGCUCUUGAGUUAGAGUGCUUUCCGCAGCUUCCUGACAGCCUGCGUGAGCUUAAUAUUGAAAAUUGCCCUGGGAUCAAGUCUCUUCCGCUGCAGAUGCACGCUCACCAGUCUCUGCGAAAACUACAGAUCUAUAGUUGUACGGGUAUCGCGUCCUUCCCAGAGGAGGGCCUGCCACCUAACCUGGAGGAUCUCAUUGUCUCAAAUUGCGAGAAUCUGAACCAGCCCAUGUCCAAGUGGGGCUUGAAGCGAACCGCUGCCUUACGGAGGUUGACGAUUUUUGGGAAGAUAGGGUGCCUCGUAGGGACGAAUUCGUUUCCUCCACCACCAAAUCAUGAAGAAGAAGAAGAAGAAGAAGAAGAGGAGCAGGGACAGGGAAAAGGAGGCUGGCACGUGCUCCCUCCCAGCCUCACUGACCUUUCAUUUUCCAAACAAGAGAAUCUGGUGACUCUAUCCAGGGGGAUGCAAAGCCACCUCACUUCUCUUCAAAUCUUAUCCAUUUGGUGGUCUCCGAAGCUCAAGUUUUUGCCACGCGAAGGACUCCCUGCCUCCCUUUGUCUGCUUUACAUCAGGGGGUGCACAGAAGAUCUGGUGAAGAGAUGCUCAAAGGAAGGCGGUGGUGGUGGUGGUGGAAGUCGAGAUUAUUAUUUCCCCCUUAUUGAACGCAUCCCCCUAGUUGAAAUCUCGUAAAACCGUGCAUUGCACGGGUUAGAAUGUGAUUUAUCAAUUGUAUUAUAUAUUAUAUGUAAAUAUAUAUAUAUAUAUAUAU